AUGUAUACAAGUAUGAAAUUUGUCAUUAUUUAUGAUGUUUUAUUAAUUAAAUGUAUUUCAGCCAGCGGUCGUAUGCAUAUACGACCUGUUUUGUUCGGUGUAAUUCUUGGAGCUUUGGUCGUUGGUAUUGCUUUAGCAGCAGUACUUACCAUGUAUAUCAAAGAUCGAUCUAACCAAGUGACAUCAUUGCAUACACUACGACUAGCACAGCAACAACGUCGACGACAACUACAACAACGACAACAACAACGACAAGCACAACAACUACGACGACGACAACUACAAGCACAUCAACAACGACAAGCACAACAACUACGACGACGACAACUACAAGCACAUCAACAACGACAAGCACAUCGACAACAUCUACUACAAGUAAAUCACUAUAGAGAAUAA